AUGUCAAAGGUUUCUCUUAGUAAUAUACCAUCGAACCCCCGUAUAAAUCGUUUGAGAACCUUUUCAAGGACUGAAAGCGAGACGUCAUGCGAAGAGGCUGCGCGUUUGACCGCGGAAGGUGCAGCUGAUGAUGAUGAUGAAGCCUACGACUAUGGAGAGCUGCCACCACCGCCAGAUGGUGGCUAUGGCUGGGUGGUGGUUUUCGCUUCCUUCAUGUGCAACCUGGUGGUGGAUGGUAUCGCAUACACCUUCGGGAUAUUCCUCCCCGAACUGGUCACUUACUUCGGCGAGGGUAAAGGCACCGUAGCGUGGGUUGGAAGUUUGCUAUCUGGAGUGUAUCUCGCGGCUGGUCCUGUUGUAUCCGCGUUAUGUAACAAAUAUGGUUGUCGAGCGGUCUGUGUCGCUGGCAGCUUGGUCGCUUCAGCCGCCUUCGUACUUUCCACCUUCAGCAAGAGUGUGACUAUGAUGAUGAUCACAUAUGGACUUAUUGGAGGCAUGGGUUUUGGUAUGAUCUAUCUACCGUCAGUGGUUGCUGUAGGUUAUUAUUUCGAAACCCGAAGAUCGCUAGCCACUGGUAUAGCUGUGUGUGGUUCAGGAGUGGGUACCUUCAGUUUCGCCCCUCUAGCUGCAAUCUUGCUCAACUACUUCGGAUCCUGGCAAAAUGCUAAUUUACUACUCGCCGGCUUGAUAUUGAACUGCGCUGUAUUCGGAGCCCUGAUGAGACCGCUUGUGUAUCCCAAAACAUCCGGCGAAAAGCCUCUUCUUCAGAGAAUGGCGGAAGAAAAGAGGUUGCAAAUGGAAAGAGGCUCUAUAGGCGGCUCAUACUUCGUUGUGCAAUUACCAGAUGGUACAAUGGAGAAAAGAUUAAAAGCGCCAUUGAAUAUUGAUCCAGGUGUCCAUUCUUCGUUGAACCUGGAAGCCUUAGCUCGUGUACCCACCAUCCCAAACAUGCCGGGUGUACCCACCGUGCCAACACUUCCUACUAUCACCGAGGCAAGAGUGGUGGAUGAAAAUGUUGACAAGAAAAAGAACGAAAACGGCAGCGCAUUAAGUCCCAGCCAGCAAGAACAACAAGCUAUGUCCAGGAAUGUAUCUUCUCCGGCCUUCAGUGCUACGGCUCCGGGAAUACCUAAGAACGGUUCCGUUCCAUUCUUCGACCGUCAGCGGAAACACAGCUCCGCGGACAGAUUUAAACCGUCCCUAGCCGCUAUUAAAGCUGCGUCCAAAACUUCAAUGAGCAGCCAUCGAGGCGACGGUGAUACGGAGAGCAACAUGUAUACAUCAAAGUUAUCAGUAUCGGCCAAGGAGCCGUCCCGAAUGGUCCGUCCUCUCUCCCGUAAAGACAUCUUCUACUCCGGGUCCGUCAUCAAUCUGCCGCAGUAUCAGAGCCAGAAGUCGCUCCAAGGGUACAGGAAUUCGGUGCUCAGUCUACCGCAGAGCAGGCAGGCCGGGGAUCUGGAGCGACAAGAACAAUACGACCUAUGUCCAUGCCUGUCUCUGCCCGAGUCUUUCAAGGCGGCGUUAUCAUCAAUGUUGGACGUGAGCCUUCUGCGGGACCCGGCCUUCAUGUUGAUAGGAGUGUCUAAUGUUUUCGGUAUGGCCGGGCUGUAUGUACCCUUCGUGUAUAUAGUGGACGCCGCGCAGAUGACUGGUGUAGAACAGUCUCAAGCUUCAUUCCUGUUAUCAAUCAUCGGUAUAACGAACACCAUCGGUCGUAUCGCGUGCGGCUGGGUAGCGGACUUUCCUUGGAUGGACUCACUGUUACUGAAUAACAUAUGUCUCGUUAUUGCUACUAUCUCCGUCGCCGUUACUCCAUUCUGCACUACCUACGCGGCGUACGUUGCUGUUGCGAUUGCUUUUGGAAUUGCUAUUUCUGGCUACAUAUCUCUCACGUCUAUCAUCCUGGUUGACUUGUUGGGUCUGGAUAAGUUGACGAACGCUUUCGGUCUCCUGAUUUUGUUCCGUGGAGCCGCGGCUAUAGUAGGCUCGCCGCUGGCGGGCGCUGUGUACGACGCUACACGGAACUACGACGCCUCAUUCUACAUGGCGGCUGCCUUCUUCCUGGCUGCCACGCUAACGUCAUUCGCCGCACCUAUGUUCAGAAGGAAACAAGAGGAGGUCCAACAACCUAUGGACGUGCUGACUCCGAUAGAUGAGGAUCUGGAGGAAGGUGAGGAAGACGAUCCUGAAGAUACUCCUAUAACUAUGGGGGCUCACUUAGCGUCUCGGCCUCCAGCCAUCACGAGGACAGCCGCCUCGCCUUCCGACCCCCCCUCCCCCAGUCCGCCAGAGGAGCGCCCUCAGCGGGAGAGCGUCCUGUGA